AUGAUAACCAGCUUUAAAUACCAGUUUAGCGCGUGUUGCAGCGGAGAGGCGAGCGUGCCCCGAGCCACGGAAUCCCCUCGUUUCGGUGUUCCUCCUUUUGGCCGAUUUAUCACGCGGUCGCGCCCUGGAAAGCGCGGAUUCUGCGAUCCCGGAGCCGAGCAAGCGCGAAGCGGAACGCACCGACAGGAAGCUGCAACAGAGGAUGAUGUUGGCAAGGGAGACGCGGUUCCAGUCAGAAGGAAGGGAAUCAAAGCUGACGAGGAAGCUGACAUGGCAGUCAAAGAAGCAACAUCGCCCUCGUCGGAUGUCAUCCGAAGACGAAUUAAGACUUAUCAAGACCUUGUUGUAACAUUACACCACCAUGCCGAAAAACAAUCAUGGAACAAAAUAUGAAACACCUCCAAAAAAAACAAAAACUCAUAAUAUAACCCAAGAUUUCUAUCAAACAAUGCCUACCAACAACAUGAAAAGAAAAGACAGAAUAGUCAUGACAAGGCUUAGAACAGGACACUGCAAACUCACACAUGAGUAUCUAUUUAAAAAAAAAACAGAACCCCCAAUGUGUAUCCAAUGCAACCGAAUUUUAUCAACCCAUCUUCUAUUUGAAUGCAGCAAGUACCACGUUCGAAGGCAAAAAUACAAAAUAACUUUACCGGCAGUCCUGACGUCGCAGAAACACAUAGGAAAUGUCCUGAAUUAUCUAAAGGAAACUAACAUCUACCAUAAGAUACAAUCGUCUUGAAAAGAAGGAAACCUAGCCGUUGCUAAUGACCAGAAGGUAGAUGCGACGUUAAUCAUAAAUUAAAAAAAAAAAAUUAAAAGAUUCUACUUUGUGCGUCAGUUAUUUUAAUUUUUUACGCUUGUGAAUGUGUAGAAAGAAAGAAGCUUUUGAUAUGUAAGAAAUUGGAGCACAGAGAAAUAACGAAGUGGAGUGAGAUAUUAUUUUACGAUAUCUAAAAUACUACCACGCGAGUAAGUAAUGGCUAUUUUAUCAGUUACUUCAAAAAAGAAGGUUUACUAUCAUUUUUGAGAUCACUUAUUGGCGACGUUGAAUGAUUAGGUUUCUUUAUCCAAACUUGUAAAUAUGUUUCUGAAGCCAGGUGAGUAACACGCUGUUCGUACAGCAGCAUAAACAAAAGAAAGUUGUGAAAAUUAAUA